CUUAACUUUAACCUCUCUUUCUUAUAGCAGCAAAUUGUUUCUGAAUGACGAGGAUUGAUCAAUGAGUCAAUGCCACGUGGAACAAAACUGAUUGGCGGCCGUCUGUUAAAAAAUAUUGCCCUUGUAAACGACGUCGCUUCCAUGGAAUCCCUGACAAGUGAGUAGUGACAACAAGGGGGAUUCCGGAUGCCUGAUCACCAUUUCCCAUUCAGGCGAAGAGUAACAACAGAGCUUGGAAGUACUUUAUAAAAAUAAACAGCGCUUGGAAGGCUGCUCCAUCCUUCAAUCGAAAAACCCUUAGAAAGACAAACCGGCGGCGAUAAUGGAGAACAAGUCGGAGCCGACGGUGAACAAGAAUCAGAAGAAGGCCAACCUUCUAGAUCACCACUCGAUCAAGCACAUUCUCGACGAGUCCGUCUCCGAGAUCGUUGCCAGUCGUGGAUAUGCUGAAGAUGUCAGGAUGAGCAAUGUCAGGUUGUUUCUCGGGACUGUCAUUAUUGCCGUUGCUCUCGUUGCUCAGUUUUACAAGAAGAAGUUCCCGGAGAACAGAGACUUUUUGAUUGGUUGCAUCGUAUUAUAUCCUUCGUUUGAUCUAAACAUUCACUAGCUGCUAUCUCCUUAAAAUUUUGCUCCGUUUGUAAUCGUAGAAUUGUGAAUCAUUCCUGUGUAUUUGUUCCAACUCUCUUGGGAAUUAAAAUGCCUGAAUUUUGUUGAUGGCUAAGUUGUUGGAUCCUUGACUAUGGCAAGUAUGUAGUCCUCAACGUGGUGUUGCAGCUGAUCAUAUUCAUAAAGGAAAAGAACGCCAUCUUGUUCACUUACCCUCCUAAGGUAAACUUUGUUCUUCCUGUGAUUACAGAUCCGUACUUGUGUUGAGUAAUGUGUGGAAUCAGAGCCUUAUGUUGAUAGAUGCCGUUGGUUGAUUGCAUCGGAUGGUUUUUGAAAUGGUUAGCUGGCCUAUAUGCUUUUGUGUUAGUUGUCUUCCAUCUAGCUUUAUUUCUCUGUGGAUCUUUCUCCUUAUGCGCUUUGCAAGUAAACAACGGAAGCAUUGAAGACUACUAGUGAUACAUGUAAACACACUACUCUGGGUCGACUGACUCCUUAAUUUAAUAUUAUAGAAAGUAGAAAGAGCUAAUGCUCCCAUCUGUGAAAGAGCUACUUCCUUUCUGUGAACAGUUCAUCAUUGUUUUAACUAGGGGUUUUGUACUCCUUGAAGUACAAAGUGAACCUAUUUGCUCAUUGCUCAAUUGUAUUGUGUUACUUCGGAUCCCAUAGGGACUCUGGUAUCCUGUGUCCUUCAGUUGUACUUUAGUUAUAGUAAUUGGUUGAGAGUGGUGAUUGAUUGGCUGUGGUAGGAUUGUACUUCUUGUUGUUUGCCGAAGUGCUUAUGGAUAAAUACACUUGGUUGGAUCCAUGAUUCAUUGCGAAAAUUAUGUCAAUGUGCACAUCUUUCGUUUUUGAGCUAAACAUCCUUUUACUAGGUGGAAUGAGUCCUUAGAGAUUUUGAGUAUGAAAGAUCUGUCUUUAGCGUUAUUGGUCUUUUGAAGUACUAACUUCAAAGAAACUUAAUUUUAUUGUCUUUGACGUCCAGACAAUGAACUUUUAAACUGUGUUGUAUUAGAAAGAUGCAGUCCUCGUUUGUCUAGACUAGACAACUUAAACAUUGUUGCUGUGGAGUGGAUCAUGCACACUGGACUGAUAAUUCCUAGUAGGUUGCUGAUUUGAAUGUUUGGAAUUCUACUCCUAAAGUGUAGGAAUCUUAUACGCUAUAUGCUAGCAGAAUUAAUUUGGAUAAAGCUGAUGCUACUUGUUUUUGUGUAGGGAUCUUAUACAAGUACCGGUUUGAUGAUCUCUUCCAAAUUACCAAGAUUCGCUGAUGACUACACACUUACUAUAGCAAGUGCUGAUCCAAAGUCAAUUUCUGCUGGGAAGACAGUGGAGUUGACUAAAAGUGUUACAAAAUGGCAUGUCUCUGUUCUCUCUCUCUGCUCUUUGCACCUAUUCACUGAGCGUCAUAGGCCAUAGCUUUGGAUCUUCAUGAAACACAGUGCACAAUUGGUAAUGUAGUAUGUGACCAUCGUUUUGCAGGUUCACUAAGGAUGGAGUUCUGGUGGAGGGCCUAUUCUGGAAGGAUGUUAACUCUCUCUUAGACGAGUAUGCAGGGGAGGUAAAGAAGAGCAAGUGAUCUUUUUAAAUCUGAUCGCUCGAUGACAUAGGUGAAAAGCGUACAUUAGUUCCAAUGUUAUCAUGAUGCUUCAGAACUACAACUUUCAAAUGCCAAAGGACAAGGAUUAGACUUUACAUUAUCUUCUUAGACAAUCCAUCGUUACUCUCAGCAGUUGGCACAAGCGAUUCCGUCUAGAGAAUCAUUUCCCCACCCCCCUUGAUUGAAUGCCCCUUGUAUGUUGAUGAUUAAAGAUGUUGUACAGCUACAACAUCCUAUCGAACAGGAAGAACUGCAAUCUAUGCUUAAGGGCACCCGGAGAAACUAGCAUUUGGGAAAGUUAUAGUUGCGUCAAAUGUUUUGCAGGUCCUCUACCAAUUUUGCCACUCUGGUGAUGUGCAUAGUGAUAGUACUGAUGUUGUUGUAUUGCACAAUGCAGGGAUCUGAGUUGGAUGCACUCGUUGAGUGUUGAUGUUGUAGUAUCACAUCGUGCAUUCAGCUGUCUGAGAUUGCUGCAUUGCAUUGCAUGGUCCAACAACUAGGGAUGGCAAUUUCGACCUGACCUGUUUGGCCUGUUUUGGGGCGGGUCCGACCUGUCCCGUAGGCAGGGCGGAGCGGGCAUGGGUACUCUCAUCGACCUGACCCGCCUUGACCCGCCCCAUUCUCGACCCGUUCUUGCCUAGAUUACACGUAAUUUUAGUCAAAUUACUUAGGAUUUUCCUUUUAUUACAUAAUAUUUUAGCUGUAAUAAAGUUGUAAAUUAGCGAAAAACUUAAUUUCUCCAAUAAUUUAACUACAUUUAUCCUAAUAUUUUUUGUUUUACAUGUCCCAACCCGCGACCUGUGAUAAAUUACCCGAUCUGAAUCCGACCUGUCAUGAGGUGGAUCUGAGUACCAAGAAACCCGUCCCGGACCAGCAAACACCACCUUCUCUCCCCUACCCAGUAGGGUUGGUAGUGGUCUUUCACUCUUUCUUUCUGUUGCCAGCCUUUGCAUGGGCCCAACUUUCUUUUGGGCUGACUUUUGUUGGGUGUGAGCUUUCUUGUUGGGCUGCAGAGUUCUAUUAUCUUCAUGGUUCAGAUAAUCCAAGCAGUCAGUGCCAGUGUAUCACCCGAAUCCUCGUUGUCGAUAGGGUCCACAGGAAGAUAUUUGUGUCGCAGUAGGGCCCAAAGCCUUGGUCCAUCUAUCCCCGUUGGUCCCAUUCAGCGGUCCCGACUCCCGAGCCUCAAGCUCACCGUCUUAAGUAUCACACAGUCACCACCACACAUAAAAUUAAUGGUACAAGUAGCAUAACGAUGAUCAUUCAUUUCAUCAUCUCAAAGAGAAGGAAAUGAAAGGAUUUUGUUUUGCCUAUAUACGGUAAAGUUCAUCCAUCCGGCAGUUAUGUUAAUUCAAAUGGUGAAAAUGAGAGUGGAUGCCGGUACAAGAGGUUCUAUCGUAAAACGGCAAUUACGGCCUAGUUGUAAGGAUUAGAUUCUCAUAGUUUGUAAAAAUUACGUAUGAAUUAUUGUUGACCAAAUAAUGAACCGAACUCUUGAAUUUCUGGUAUAUAUAUAUAUAUAUAUAUAUAUUGAGAACUCUUCAGUUGAUUUUUGUUAGAUGCUUGAAGCAAGAAAACAGUUUUGUGACCUUAUCAAAUCCUCAAAACCUGUUGAUGAAUUCAGGUUAUCCAACCAAGGAACCCAAAAAUGGAAACUACCUAAUUGGUCCAUACUCCAUACAAAUGCUCUUUACUUUACCUACCAUUUCUUUACCCAGUUAAGUUAAUUUCAUGGUGCGAUCUGACUCUUGGCGUACGUUUCCUUCCCCACUGGGCCGUUCGGUCCACCGCCCAAUCAUGAGUAAAAGUCUGCUCUUCUC